AUGCGUGCCCUCGGCCUGUUUGGCCUCAUUGGCGCUGCCAAUGCAGUAUGCCCUUAUAUGACUGGCGAGCUGGAUCGUCGCGACACGGGCCACCAGGAUGCAACCGAGGCUACGGAGGAGUUUCUUUCGCAGUACUACCUCAAUGACGAGGAUGCCUACAUGACCUCUGACGUUGGCGGACCCAUCGAGGAUCAGAACAGUCUCAAGGCCGGCGAGCGAGGUUCGACUUUGCUGGAGGACUUUAUCUUCCGUCAGAAGAUUCAGAGGUUUGACCAUGAGCGAGUCCCCGAGCGGGCUGUCCAUGCUCGCGGUGCAGGUGCCCACGGUGUAUUCACCUCGUACGGCGACUUCUCCAACAUCACCGCCGCGUCCUUCCUCCACGGUGAAGGCAAAGAAACCCCCGUCUUCGUCCGCUUCUCCACCGUCGCCGGUAGCCGCGGUAGCUCCGACCUCGCCCGGGACGUCCACGGCUUCGCGACCCGAUUCUACACCGACGAGGGCAACUUCGACAUCGUCGGCAACAACAUUCCCGUCUUCUUCAUCCAGGACGCCAUCCGCUUCCCCGACCUGAUCCACGCCGUCAAACCCCGUGGCGAUAGUGAGAUUCCGCAAGCUGCGACAGCGCACGAUGCCGCCUGGGACUUUUUCAGCCAGCAGCCGAGCACCCUGCAUACCCUGCUCUGGGCCAUGUCGGGUCACGGUAUCCCACGCUCGUUUCGCCACGUGGAUGGAUUCGGUGUGCACACUUUCCGCUUUGUUACUGAUGACGGGGAGUCGAAGCUUGUCAAGUUUCACUGGAAGACCCUGCAGGGUAAGGCUAGUUUGGUCUGGGAAGAGGCGCAGCAGAUUUCCGGCAAGAACCCCGACUACAUGCGCCAGGACCUUUUUGAGUCGAUCGAGGCUGGGCGUUAUCCUGAGUGGGAGCUUGCGGUGCAAAUCAUGGAUGAGGAAGACCAGCUGCGCUUCGGAUUCGACCUCUUCGACCCUACCAAGAUUGUCCCUGAAGAGCUCGUCCCCUUGACCCCGUUGGGCAAGAUGACACUUAACCGCAACCCUCGCAACUACUUUGCCGAGACUGAGCAGAUCAUGCUCCCAAUCAACCAGCCUCGCGUUUCCAUCCACAACAACAACCGCGACGGUGCCGGUCAGAUGUUCAUCCCGCUGAACCCGAACGCGUACUCACCCAAUACCCUGAACAGCGGAUCUCCCAAACAGGCCAACCAAACUGAUGGCCGCGGCUUCUUCACAGCUCCUGAUCGAUCGGCUAAUGGCAACUUUGUCCGUGCGCUUAGCUCGACCUUUGACGAUGUCUGGUCGCAGCCUCGUUUGUUCUUCAACUCUCUGAUCCCCGCUGAGCAGCAGUUUAUUGUCAACGCCAUGCGGUUCGAGAACGCCAACGUCAAGAGCGACGUCGUCAAGAACAACGUGAUCAUCCAGCUGAACCGCAUCUCACAUGACCUUGCUAGCCGUGUCGCUCGCGCCAUCGGUGUCGAGGUGCCUGAGCCCGACACCACUUACUACCACGACAACACGACCGCCGAUGUCGGUACCUUUGGUCUGCAGCUCAAGAGCCUCGCCGGGUUGAAGGUCGGCGUUCUCGCCUCGGUCAAUGCCGAGCAGUCCUUCAGCGCUGCCACUGCUCUCGCUGCCGAGCUCGAUGGCCAAGGAGUUGACGUUGUCGUCGUUGCUGAGCGUCUCGCCGACGGGGUGGACCAGACCUACUCCGCCUCCGACGCCAUUCAAUUCGACGCCGUCGUCGUUGCUCCCGGUACCGAGGACCUCUUCACCAACACGGUGACCGCCACCUCGACCCUGUACCCCGCCGGCCGCCCCUCGGAAAUCCUCACCGACGCCUUCCGCUUCGGAAAGCCUGUCGCCGCAGUUGGAUCUGGAUCGGCCGCUUUCGAGAGCGCUGGCAUUGACACUGAGGGCAAGGGUGUUUAUGUGUCUGAGAGUGUUGACGGGGCUUUCGUUGACAGUGUCCAGGAGGGUCUGACGACGUUCCGCUUUGUCGAGCGCUUCCCUGUUGAUCAAUAG